AUGAAGUUUUCAAACAAGGAUCUCUAUUCUUUGCUCUUCACUGAGCUCGCACCUAAACAGGCCCGCUGCAACACCUGUCAAAAGGUAUACAAGAGCGGUAAUAGCUGCACUAAUCAAGUCCACCACCUCCUGAAGCGUCAUCCUGACUACCAAGAGCUAGCUGUGGCUGCCUACCGCAAGAGCAACCGCUUUGGGCUCAUACUGUCAGACCAGCGGACUAGUGACGUGUUCCGCUGGAUUGAGUGGUGCGUCAUGAACCACAUGCCCGUGAAUUUCGGUGAGCGUCCUCUCACGACAUUGCUCUCAAGCUUCCUGAGAAGUUUGGGGUGGUGGUCUAGUGGUGGUUACCACUUCAUCGCCAUCAUGGCGUGCCUUACACACCGCUUCGUGUUACUGGCUUUCUGUCCCCUUGGAGACGAAGAAGGUUUAAGAGCUCAGAGUCUGUUUGACCUCAUAGCGGACACGCUGUCCACCUUCAACAGACCAUGGGAAUCGGUCCUCUUCAUGAUUGGCGAUAAUUGUUCGGUGAACCAGGAGAUUGGUCGAAAAUUGGGUGCACUACCUCUUAUUGGUUGUACAAGUCUCCGUUUUCAGCUGGCUGUGAACGACGUUUUGGCCAAUGAAGAGACGCUAUUGGCCAAAUUUCAUGCACUGAUGAUACAUUUGAGCACUAUCACGUGUCGAGCUGCGUUAAGAAAGGUUACGCCGCUGACGCCUGCCGUGCGCAACGCGACGCAUUGGUCAAUCCUGUUCAGUACGGUAGAGCGCUACACUAAGCUACAUCCCGCACUGCAAUCAAUGGACCAUGUGACAAUCUCUAAGUAUGGUAUCGCUCGCUUCAUGCUAUCGGAGAGUGAGACUGCCCAAGCUACAGAGCUGCUGUCGACGCUGUUCGACUCCCACGAAGUCACGAAGGCUUUGCAGGACCCCACAUUGACGUUAAUAGGGUUAACUAUCCAGCGUUGGAGACUGGCAUCACCAAGACCAUUACUGGGGGCUGUCUGA